UUUACGAUUUUUUUCACAAAAACCAAAAGAGAAAAUCUUCUUUUUCCAUGAAAAAAGUCCAGAAAACGCGUUAUCGGUGAUCGGAAUCGGUAGUUGCGAGUCUGUGUGCGAUCGAAAAACACGAAAAUCACGCAAAAAUUCAACGAAAAUUUCUGGAAAAAGAGCAGAAAAUAUUUAUAGUCCCAAUAAUAAAUAUAAAAAUAAAUAAAUUAUAAUAAAAAAAUAGCAAAAAAAAAAUCUGUACAAGAUUUAAAAAAAUUAAAUAAAGUGCUUCAAAAAAAAAGUGAAUAAAAUUAAUUGUUAAAAGAAAAACAAGGAAAAUAUAUUUCAACGUCAACCACUCUGAGAUUGGUUUAUCACCCGGAUAACAGGUGGCCAAUCAAUCAACAACAACAACAACAAAAUCACAAAAAAAAAUUUUUGGAUUAUUCCUGAAAGUAACUCUUAUAUGCUUCAAUAAUGGCAGAAGCUGAAGGAGGAUCCGAGCAGGAUGAUGUUUCAUUUCUUAGGACGGAAGAUAUGGUCUGUCUUUCGUCCACAGCAACGGGCGAGCGUGUUUGUCUCGCCGCCGAAGGUUUCGGCAAUCGUCAUUGUUUCCUCGAGAACAUCGCCGACAAGAAUAUCCCGCCAGAUCUAUCGCAAUGCGUGUUUGUCAUCGAACAAGCCUUGUCAGUUCGUGCCUUGCAGGAAUUGGUGACAGCAGCAGGCUCUGAAACGGGAAAUGCCGGUUUAGGAAAAGGCACUGGUUCGGGACAUAGAACAUUGCUGUAUGGUAAUGCCAUUUUGUUGCGACAUGGAAACAGUGAUAUGUACUUGGCAUGUCUUUCAACGUCUUCGUCGCAAGAUAAAUUGUCGUUUGACGUGGGUUUGCAAGAUCACAGUCAAGGCGAGGCUUGUUGGUGGACCGUGCAUCCCGCAAGUAAACAAAGAUCCGAGGGUGAGAAGGUCCGUGUUGGUGACGACUUGAUUCUCGUGUCUGUGGCGACGGAACGUUAUUUGCAUACCACGAAGGAAAAUGAGGAGUCGAUCGUUAAUGCAAGCUUCCAUGUGACGCAUUGGAGUGUUCAACCCUAUGGCACGGGUAUUUCGCGCAUGAAGUAUGUCGGUUACGUUUUUGGCGGCGAUGUGCUUCGUUUCUUCCAUGGCGGCGACGAAUGUUUGACAAUUCCUAGCACUUGGAGUACGCAACCUGGACAAAACAUGGUCGUUUACGAGGGCGGUUCCGUAAUGUCUCAAGCUCGAUCCCUGUGGCGUUUGGAACUCGCUCGUACCAAAUGGUCUGGCGGUUUUAUUAAUUGGUACCAUCCACUACGUAUCAAACAUAUCACAACAGGUCGUUAUUUGGGUAUCAAUGAGAACAACGAGUUGCUUCUCAUGCGUCGCGAGGAAGCAACAACAGCUGCUUCGACGUUCUGUUUGCGCCAAGAAAAAGACGAUCAAAAAGUUGUUCUUGAAGACAAAGAUUUGGAAGUUAUUGGUUCGGCAAUCAUUAAAUACGGUGAUUCUACCGUUAUUUUGCAACAUUGUGAGACUUCGUUGUGGCUCAGUUACAAGAGUUUCGAGACAAAGAAAAAGGGCGUCGGUAAAGUUGAGGAGAAACAAGCCAUUUUGCACGAAGAAGGAAAAAUGGAUGACGGUCUCGACUUUUCACGUUCACAAGAGGAAGAGUCUAGAACUGCUCGCGUCAUCCGGAAGUGCAAUCAUUUGUUCACGAAGUUCAUUAAUGGCUUGGAAACGUUGCAAGGCAAUCGUCGUACUUCGUUGUUCUUCCAAAGUGUCAAUUUGGGAGAGAUGGUCAUGUGUCUCGAGGAUUUGAUUUUGUAUUUCUGUCAACCUGAGGAUGAUAUGGAACACGAGGAGAAACAAAACCGUUUAAAAGCUCUCCGCAAUCGCCAAGACUUGUUCCAAGAAGAAGGCGUACUAAAUCUCGUUCUCGAUGCCAUCGACAAAAUCAAUCUGAUCACGUCACAGGGCUUCCUUGCCUCUUUCCUCGCAAACGACGAAAGCGGCCAAAGUUGGGACAUGAUUUCGAUGUAUUUGUAUCAACUUCUCGCCGCCAUCAUCAAAGGCAACCACACAAAUUGCGCCCAAUUCGCCAACUCCAAUCGUUUGAACUGGCUUUUCUCCCGUUUGGGCAGCCAAGCAUCCAGCGAAGGUAGCGGCAUGUUGGAUGUAUUGCAUUGUGUCUUGAUCGAUUCGCCCGAAGCUCUGAACAUGAUGCGAGAUGAGCACAUCAAAGUCAUUAUUUCGCUGUUGGAGAAGCACGGACGCGAUCCAAAAGUCUUGGAUGUCUUGUGUUCACUCUGCGUUGGUAACGGAGUCGCUGUGCGUUCAUCCCAGAACAAUAUCACGGACUUUUUGUUGCCUGGAAAAAAUUUGCUCUUGCAAACGCAGUUGGUAGAUCACGUUUCAAGCGUUCGCCCGAACAUUUUCGUGGGACGCGUCGAAGGAUCUGCCGUUUAUCACAAAUGGUAUUUCGAGGUAACAAUGGAUCACAUCGAGCAAAUGACUCAUAUGAUGCCACAUUUGCGCAUUGGAUGGGCAAAUUCGACGGGAUACAUGCCCUAUCCGGGCGGCGGCGAGAAAUGGGGCGGAAAUGGCGUCGGUGACGACAUUUUUUCCUUCGGAUUUGAUGGAGUUUACUUAUGGACCGGCGGAAGAAAGACAGCUGUUGUCGAAACAAUCCCCCCAGAGCCAUUUAUUCAAAAGGGAGACGUCAUUGGUUGUGCCUUAGACUUAAGUGUUCCCAUUAUAACGUUCACUUUCAACGGAUCUCCCGUUCGUGGAAGCUUUACAAAUUUUAAUUUAGAUGGCAUGUUCUUCCCCGUGUUGAGUUGCUCCUCAAAACUCAGUUGUCGCUUCUUGUUUGGCGGAGAUCACGGUCGUUUGCGUUACAAUCCGCCAUUGGGAUUCUCCCCGCUUUACCAAUGUCUCAUGCCGCACCAAAAUCUCAGCUUGGAUCCGUGUUUCUACUUUGGAAAUUUGAGCAAAAGUGUUCUGAGUGGCCCCUGGCUCAUCGAAGAUGAUACCGCUUUCGUGCCAAAUCCCGUUGACAUCACGCCAGUAAUGCUGCCCGCAUUAGUGGACAACAUAAAAGACAAACUCGCGGAAAAUAUCCACGAAAUGUGGGCUUUGAACAAAAUCGAAGCCGGUUGGAGUUGGGGCGAACGUCGUGACGAUCUUCACAGAAUUCAUCCCUGUUUGACGAGUUUCGAGAAACUUCCUGCUGCGGAAAAGCGUUACGAUUGUCAAUUAGCAGUGCAAACCUUAAAAACGAUCAUUGCUUUGGGUUAUUACAUCACUUUGGAUAAACCUCCAGCUCGAAUCCGCCCGAUAAGAUUGCCGAACGACAUUUAUAUGCAAGGAAAUGGAUACAAACCAGCUCCAUUGGACUUGUCAGCAGUCACUUUAAAUCCAAAAAUGGAAGAACUCGUCGAUCAAUUGGCUGAAAACACGCAUAAUUUGUGGGCUAAAGAGCGAAUCCAACAGGGAUGGACUUAUGGCUUGGAAGAAGACUCCGAAACGUUACGUAGUCCUCAUUUAGUGCCAUAUAGCAAAGUUGACGAAGCCAUCAAGAAGGCGAAUCGCGAUACAGCAUCAGAAACUGUAAGAACUCUCCUUGUCUACGGUUACAAUCUCGAUCCGCCGACUGGAGAAGCGAACGAAGCGUUGUUAGCGGAAGCACUUAGAUUGAAAUAUGCCGCCUUUAGAACAUACCGCGUGGAAAAAACGUACGCCGUGACUUCUGGAAAGUGGUAUUUCGAGUUUGAAGUUCUCACUGCAGGACCUAUGAGAGUUGGAUGGGCUCGCGCUGAUGUCAGUCCAGGCACAAUGUUAGGAAAUGACGAAGCCUCGUGGGCCUUCGAUGGUUACAACGAAGAAAAAGUGUAUGGUGGAUCCGGCGAAACAUUUGGUAAACAAUGGGGACCAGGCGAUGUCGUCGGUGUUUUUCUCGAUUUGGUCGAUCAUACAAUUAGCUUUUCAUUGAACGGAGAACUUCUCAUGGAUGCUCUUGGAGGAGAAACAUCCUUUGCUGAUGUCACCGCUGAUGGCGUUGGAUUUGUUCCUGCAUGUACUAUUGGGGUUGGUCAAAAAGCUCGUUUGACUUACGGUCAAAAUGUAGAUUCCUUGAAAUUCUUCACGACCUGCGGUUUACAAGAAGGUUACGAACCGUUCUGUGUCAACAUGCGUCGUCCCGUUACGCAUUGGUACACAAAAGACUUGCCAAUUUUCGAAAAUACGGAAGAUAUUCAAGGCGGCGUCAUCGAUGUCAAUCGUAUCCCGGGAGGAGCUGAUACGCCGCCAUGCUUAAAAAUUUCUCACAACACUUUCGAAACGAUGGAAAAGGCAAAUUGGGAGUUUUUGCGAUUGUCGUUGCCUGUUACGUGCGACAGUCAAUUCAUCACGGAGCAAGAAAAGGCUCGUCGAUGGGAAGAAAUUCGUUUGCGGCAACAUCGAUUGAUAAAUGAGGUUGAAAAUGUCAUGACCUCGAACAUGGAUCACAUCAUGAAAAGUGGUUUUACGAUGAAUGACAUUAAAAAUUUGCAUCGAAACUACGACGAAGCUGAAGCUGAUGAAAAUAUGGGCAGAAAUGGUCCAAAUCGUCCUCCGCGAAAGGGAUCUGUAUCGAGACCGAGUGGAUUUGAUGCGCCAACGUUGGAAGUGAACGGAAGUGGCAUGCAACGAUCCACAAGUGCUCUUGAUAUGGCGAGAGAUACCGGCGAACAUGAUGACAAGCGAAAACGAGGAAGAAGUCCCUUCAGGUUGUUUGGCAAGAAACGCGAUCAGAGCAAAGAUAAGGUCAAGGCGCAACAGGAAGAUGCUCAAAGACGUCCCAUGACUCAUGGCAGAAAUGUCGUUCAAGCGCAAUUAGGAACGAGAAAUCCUACUGUAAGGGUUUCCAAUGCUGAUUUACGAUCUCAAGCUCCAUCUCCAACUGCCAAACAAAGCAUUUCCGCUCCACAAGGCAACGUUGAAUCCGCUGGAAAUGAAAUUUUCGAUGCCGAAUGCUUAAGACUUAUUAAUGAGUACUUCUACGGUGUCAGAAUUUAUCCGGGUCAAGAUCCCACACACGUCUACGUUGGUUGGGUAACGACUCAGUAUCACUUCCACGGUCACGAAUUCAACAAAGAAAAGGUUCGACGUGCUUCCGUUUGUAUUGCGGGCGAUUAUGAGAACCAAAUUUUGCAACAAGUUGAUCGUCAAAGUUGCUACAUGGUGCGUGCCGACGAGCUUUUUAACGAAGUAACGCAAGACGCUUCUGGCAAGGGAGCUUCUCAAGGCAUGUUUGUCGGGUGUUUCGUCGAUACUGCUACCGGUAAAAUCCGAUUUACGUGCGAAGGCAAGGAAACUUCUCACGUUUGGCAAAUGGAACCCGAUACGAAACUCUUCCCCGCGAUUUUUGUCGAAGCUACGAGUAAAGAUGUCUUGCAAGUUGAACUUGGAAGAACGCCAACGACACUUCCGUUAUCGGCUGCGGUGCUUCCGACGGGCGACAAACACGUAAAUCCCCAAUCGCCGCCUCGCUUGAAGGUGCAAUGCUUGAAACCGCAUUCGUGGGCUCGUGUUCCGAACACUGCUCUUCAAAUUCAUGCCCUGAAAUUGAGCGAUUUGCGUGGUUGGUCGAUGUUGUGUGAAGAUCCGGUCUCGAUGUUGGCACUGCAUAUCCCUGAAGAGGAUAGAUGUAUUGAUAUUUUGGAACUUAUUGAAAUGGACAAAUUAUUGUCGUUCCAUGCGCAUACCCUGACACUUUAUGCUGCGUUAUGCUACCAAUCUAAUUAUAGAGCUGCUCAUAAUUUGUGCCAACAUGUCGAUCAAAAGCAACUUUUGUAUGCCAUUCAAGCGGAAUACAUGAGCGGACCACUGCGUCAAGGAUUCUACGACUUGUUGAUUGCCCUGCAUUUGGAAUCGCAUGCAACUACGAUGGAGGUCUGUAAGAACGAAUUUAUCAUCCCAUUGGGUGACGAUUUGAAAGAACUUUACUCAGAUCCGGAAAUGUGUCACUCCCUGCGAUCUCAACGCACAGAAUCUGUUCGACCUCUGAUGAAAAUGACAGAUAUCGGAUCUAACAAUUCUGUUGUUCCAAAUCCUGUGCCUGAUUCUAGUGAGCCGAUACCGGUAAUCGAUCAGCUGUAUUCGCCUAAAUUUCCGCUGGAAAUUGUGCGUGCGUACGUUAUGGGAGCUGUGAAGGAAGCUGUGGAAAUUAAUCAAAUCCAUAAUCGGGAUCCUAUUGGCGGAUCGAAUGAAAAUCUGUUCUUGCCUCUCAUCAAGCUCAUUGAUCGUCUCUUGCUCGUUGGCGUCCUCACAGAUGAAGAUAUCGAGAAACUUCUCAUCAUGAUCGAUCCCGAAACUUGGGAUCCAACAUACGAAAAGGAAGGCAAGGACGAACAUCGCAAAGGUUUACUCACAAUGAAAAUGGCUGAAGGAGCAAAACUUCAAAUGUGCUACUUACUCCAUCAUUUAUGCGAUUUGCAGCUCCGUCAUCGUGUUGAAAGUAUCAUCGCCUUCUCCUUGAACUUCGUGGGUGACCUACAAGCCGAUCAGCUACGUCGCUACAUCGAAAUCAAACAAUCUGACUUGCCGAGUGCCGUUGCUGCGAAGAAAACUCGUGAGUUCCGUUGCCCGCCACGUGAACAAAUGAACGCCAUUCUCGGUUUUAAGAAUUUGGAAGAGGAUGAUCAGGAAAAUUGUACUUGCGGAUUGGAUUUGCGAGCGUAUUUGAAUGACUUCCAUAGUGAACUUAUGGCAAAAGUGUCGUUGAAUGCCUUGCAAGAGCCCGAAGUUGAGGAAGUUGUUACGACAGACGAUAACAAACAUGGUCCCAUUAAGAAGUUGAUGAACUUUAUAAAUACCGUGAAGGAAUUGGAAGAAGAUCCAAAGCCGCCAGAAGAGCCUGUCACAAAAACGCCUGAAGAGAUUUUCCGCAAAGUUUUGAUCCGCACGAUCGUUUCGUGGGCGGAAGAGACCCAAAUCGAGACACCAAAGCUCGUUCGUGAAAUGUUUAGUCUUUUGGUGCGUCAAUACGAUACAAUUGGAGAACUGAUUCGAGCGUUGCAAAAGACCUACGUCAUCAAUAGCAAAACGAAAGACGAUGUUGCUAUCAUGUGGGUGGGUCUUUCGCAGAUCCGUGCCCUUCUCCCGGUACAAAUGAGUCAAGAAGAGGAAGAAUUGAUGCGAAAACGUCUCUGGAAAUUGGUCAAUAAUCACACUUUCUUCCAACAUCCCGAUUUAAUUCGCAUUUUGCGUGUUCACGAGAACGUCAUGGCUGUCAUGAUGAACACUUUGGGUCGUCGGGCUCAAGCACAGAGCGAUGCACCGGCAGUUACCGAAGGCGGCGAAGCUCCAGCCAAGGAGAAAGACACGUCGCACGAAAUGGUCGUCGCCUGUUGUCGUUUCUUGUGUUAUUUCUGUCGCACAGGACGUCAAAACCAGAAAGCCAUGUUCGAUCAUUUCGACUUUUUGCUGGAAAAUUCGAAUAUUUUACUAUCUCGUCCAAGUUUGAGAGGAUCCACGCCCUUGGAUGUCGCUUAUUCUAGUUUGAUGGAAAACACGGAACUGGCAUUGGCUUUGCGUGAACAUUAUUUGGAGAAAAUUGCCGUUUAUCUCUCACGUUGCGGCUUACAAAGCAACAGUGAGUUAGUUGAAAAGGGAUAUCCCGAUCUUGGUUGGGAUCCCGUCGAAGGUGAACGUUAUCUCGACUUUUUACGUUUCUGUGUGUGGGUUAAUGGCGAAAGUGUCGAGGAAAAUGCCAAUUUGGUCAUUCGUUUGUUGAUUCGGCGUCCCGAGUGUUUGGGUCCAGCGUUGCGCGGUGAAGGCGAUGGCUUGCUAAAAGCUAUUAUCGAUGCCAACAAGAUGUCGGAACGCAUUGCGGAUCGUCGUAAGAUGCAAGAUGAAGCGGAAGGCACCAUUUCAACGCUUGGAUUUAAUCAUCCGUUGCCCGAAAGUGAAGACGAUGAGGAUUAUAUCGACACGGGAGCAGCAAUUCUCAAUUUCUAUUGUACUUUGGUUGAUUUGUUGGGACGAUGUGCACCCGAUAUUGCCGUCAUUGAGCAAGGCAAGAACGAAUCGUUGCGUGCGCGAGCUAUUUUGAGAUCUCUUGUACCGUUGGAAGACUUGCAAGGCGUGUUGAGCUUGAAGUUUGUCAUCCAAAAUCCCGCUGCUGGAGAAGAUAAGCCGAAAUCUGACAUACCGCCGGGUUUGAUUCCGGGACAUAAACAGAGUGUUGUGUUGUUCUUGGAACGUGUCUAUGGCAUCGAAACGCCAGAACUGUUCUUUAGACUGUUGGAAGAUGCUUUCUUGCCGGAUUUGAGAGCUGCGACAAUUUUGGAUAGAACCGAUGGAUCUGAAUCCGAUAUGGCUCUCGCGAUGAAUCGUUACAUCGGCAACUCAAUUCUCCCGUUAUUGAUCAGUCAUUCGAGAUUCUACAACGAAGCUGAGAACUACGCAAGUUUGCUAGAUGCCAGUUUGCACACCGUUUAUCGCCUUUCCAAGAACCGCAUGUUAACCAAAGGACAACGUGAGGGCGUUUCUGACUUUUUGGUUGCUCUAACUGCCGCUAUGCAACCUGCCAUGUUGCUAAAACUGCUGCGAAAACUCACAGUUGACGUAUCAAAACUCUCGGAAUACACCACAGUCGCUUUACGUCUCUUGACGUUGCAUUACGACAGAUGUGCCAAAUAUUACGGCUCAACAAGUGGUCAAGGUGCUUACGGAACGUCAUCGGAUGAGGAAAAACGUCUCACCAUGAUGUUAUUUAGCAACAUUUUUGACUCUCUGAGUAACAUGGAUUACGAUCCGGAGUUGUUCGGUAAAGCGUUGCCUUGUUUGAUUGCCAUUGGAUGCGCUUUGCCACCGGAUUACAGUUUAUCGAAGACUUCCGAUGAUGAUUUGUAUGGAAAACCAACGGGACAACCGGAUCAACCGCAAUACAAUCCGCAGCCGAUCAACACGGGAAGUGUCAACUUGAACAACGACUUGAACAAUAUUGUGCAGAAAUUCAGCGAACAUUAUCACGAUGCAUGGGCAAGCAGGAAACUCGAGUACGGAUGGACUUAUGGCGAUAGUUGGACUGAUACGAAUAAAACGCAUCCACGAUUGAAGCCGUAUAACAUGCUGAACGACUACGAAAGAGAACGUUAUAAGGAACCGAUUCGCGAGAGUUUGAAAGCUUUGUUGGCGAUCGGAUGGACUGUCGAACAUCAAGAAUCAGAUUUGCCUUCAUCGAAUCGCGGAUCAAUUAGACGUCAAUCGGCAUCUCAUGAUUCACCAAAUAAGGGUUUUCAGGAUUCGCCAUUCAAUUACCAUCCACAUCCAGUGGACAUGACGAAUCUUACGCUCAGCAGAGAGAUGCAAAAUAUGGCGGAACGACUCGCGGAAAAUGCUCACGAUAUUUGGGCGAAGAAGAAGAUGGAAGAGUUGCAAACGUGUGGAGGCGCCGUGCAUCCACAACUUGUGCCGUAUGACUUGUUAACGGACAAGGAGAAACGCAAGGACAGAGAAAGGUCACAAGAGUUCUUGAAAUAUUUGCAAUAUCAAGGAUACAAGUUGCAUAAACCCCAUCGUGGCGGAGUCGAUGAAGAACAACUCACCGGAGCAGCUGCUGCCGAAACUCGUUUCGCUUACACUUUACUCGAAAAACUAAUUGCUUACUUGGACAAAGCUACAAUCAACAUGAAGCUCUUGAAACCUUCCUCAACUUUCAGUCGUCGCACAUCAUUCAAAACCAGCUCGCGCGACAUCAAAUUCUUCUCAAAAGUCGUUUUGCCGUUAAUUGAGAAAUAUUUCAAUACCAAUCGCGGUUACUUCAUUGCUGUAGCGACUGCGACAAAUAACGUUGGAGCUGCAUCGCUCAAAGAGAAGGAAAUGGUCGCUGCUCUUUUCUGCAAACUCGCCAGUUUACUAAGAAAUCGUUUGUCGGCGUUCGGAGCUGAUAUUCGAAUCACCGUUCGUUGCUUGCAAGUACUCGUGAAGAGCAUUGAUGCCAAAUCCAUUGUGAAAAAUUGCCCGGAAUUCAUUCGUACGUCAAUGUUGACGUUCUUUAACAACACAGCCGACGAUUUGGGACAAACAAUUCACAAUUUGCAAGAAGGACGUUACAGCCAUUUACGAGGAACGCAUUUGAAGACAUCAACUUCGCUUGGAUAUAUCAAUACGGUGAUCCUGCCGGUACUGACGUCGUUGUUUGAUCAUCUUGCAACGAACGAUUAUGGCAGUGAUUUGCUUUUGGAUGAGAUUCAAGUCGCUUCAUACAAAAUACUUCAGUCACUUUAUUGCUUGGGAACGGAUAACACUCUUCACCAAGACCGUAAAUUCCUUAAAACUGAGUUCGAACGUGGCAAACCAGCACUUGGAUCGUGUCUCGGAGCCUUCAGUUCGACGUUCCCGGUUGCCUUUUUGGAGCCACAUUGCAACAAAAACAAUCAAUUCUCACUUUUGAACCGAAUUGCCGAUACUUCGCUCGAAGCGCAGGAAAUUAUGGCGACGAUGGAAGGUGCAAUGCCAACUCUUGAAGCGAUUUUGCAAGAAGUUGAUCAAUAUGUCGAAUCUGAGAAAAAUUACAUGGAAGCUCAACAUGUCAUUGAUGUCAUUCUUCCUUUACUUUGUUCUUACCUGCCUUAUUGGUGGGCUCAAGGUCCGGAUAAUGUAUCGCCUACUUCAGGCAAUCAUGUUACCAUGGUGACGUCAGAUUACAUGAAUCAACUGCUGAAAAAUGUUCUGAAGAUGAUUAAAAAGAACAUUGGCAACGAAACAGCUCCUUGGAUGACUCGCAUUGCUGCUUAUACGCAACAAAUUAUCAUCAACAGCUCGGAAGAAUUGUUGAAAGAUGUUUUCUUGCCACUUGCGGAACGUGUGAAAAAACGCGUUGACACGAUGUUCCACAAAGAAGAGAGUUUACGAGGAUUUUUGAAGAGCUCCAACGAUGACACAUCCCAAAUUGAAGGUCAAAUCCAAGAAGAUUGGUCGUUGUUAGUACGUGACAUCUACUCGUUCUACCCGUUAUUGAUCAAAUAUGUCGACUUGCAACGUAAUCACUGGUUGCGCGAUAAUGUCGCCGAAGCGGAGGAACUUUACAACUACGUUGCCGAAAUUUUCAACGUUUGGUCCAAGAGUCAAUAUUUCCUUAAGGAAGAGCAAAAUUUCAUUUCCGCCAAUGAGAUCGAUAACAUGGCCCUCAUUAUGCCAACUGCCUCGCGUCGUCAAACCACAAUGUCCGAAGGGGGUCCCGUGCAAGGCGGCAAAGCGAAGAAGAAGAAAAAGGACCGCAGCAAAAAACGCGACAAAGACAAGGAAAUUCAAGCAUCUCUUAUGGUUGCUUGUCUCAAACGUCUCCUGCCUGUUGGUUUAAAUCUCUUUGCUGGGCGAGAACAAGAACUCGUUCAACAUUGCAAAGAUCGUUUCUUAAAGAAAUUACCGGAAGAGGAAGUCUCGGAGUUCGCACAUGCCCAAAUAACAGCACCAGCCAAACUAGAUCCCGCCGAUGAAAUGUCCUGGCAACAUUAUUUGUACUCCAAACUGGGCAAAAAAGAGGAAAAUAUCGAUGAAAUUUUGGAAAAAUCCACGUCGCUUGAUAAGAAGAAGGAAACAAUCAUUCAAGAUACCGUCGAACGGGUUGUAGCAAUGGCGAAAGUUCUUUACGGAUUGCACAUGAUUGACCAUCCGCAACAACAAAGUAAGAAUGUCUAUCAGAAAGUCGUUUCUUUCCAAAGAAAACGUGCCGUUAUCGCCUGUUUCCGUCAAACGUCGUUACAUUCGUUGCCAAGACACAAGGCUUGUAACAUAUUCGCUCGUACUUAUUGUGAUUUGUGGCUAGAAGAGGAGAAUGUUGGACAAGAAAUCAUGAUUGAAGAUCUGACGCAAUCAUUUGAGGACGCAGAAAAGUCUAAGAAAGAUGAAGAAGAAGGUGAGAGCAAGCCAGAUCCGUUGACGCAAUUAGUAACAACAUUCUGUCGUGGUGCCAUGACUGAGCGAAGCGGAGCGUUACAAGAAGACCCGUUGUACAUGUCUUAUGCGGAAAUUGCUGCCAAAUCUUGCGGCGAAGAAGAGGAAGAAGAAGAAGGCGGAGACGAGGAAGAAGGAGGAGCAAGUAUUCAUGAACAAGAAAUGGAAAAACAGAAACUUUUGUUCCAUCAAGCUCGUCUCAGUAAUCGCGGUGUUGCUGAAAUGGUUUUGCUACACAUUUCCGCCUCCAAGGGUGUCCCAUCAGAUAUGGUCAUGAAAACUUUAGAGCUUGGUAUCGCUAUUUUACGUGGCGGCAACAUCGAUAUCCAAAUGGGCAUGUUAAAUCACUUGAAAGAGAAGAAAGACGUUGGAUUUUUCACAUCCAUCGCUGGUUUGAUGAACUCUUGCAGCGUUUUGGAUUUGGAUGCAUUUGAGCGAAACACGAAAGCUGAAGGUUUAGGCGUCGGAUCUGAAGGUGCCGCGGGUGAAAAGAACAUGCAUGAUGCUGAAUUCACUUGCGCUCUGUUCCGAUUCAUCCAAUUGACGUGCGAAGGUCACAAUUUGGACUGGCAGAAUUAUUUGAGAACGCAAGCUGGUAACACGACAACUGUUAAUGUCGUCAUUUGCACUGUCGAUUACUUGUUGCGACUUCAAGAGUCAAUUAUGGACUUUUACUGGCAUUAUUCGAGCAAGGAAGUGAUUGAUCCCGCGGGAAAAGCAAACUUUUUCAAAGCUAUUGGAGUGGCAAGUCAAGUUUUCAACACACUUACUGAGGUUAUUCAAGGUCCUUGCACACAGAAUCAACAGGCUUUGGCACAUUCGAGAUUGUGGGAUGCCGUUGGAGGUUUCCUCUUCCUUUUCUCCCACAUGCAAGACAAACUCUCGAAACACGCGAGCCAGAACGACUUGCUCAAGGAAUUGCUCAACUUACAAAAAGACAUGAUCACGAUGAUGCUUUCGAUGCUUGAAGGUAACGUCGUUAACGGCACAAUUGGCAAACAGAUGGUUGACACACUCGUCGAAUCGGCUGCCAAUGUCGAAUUGAUCCUCAAAUACUUCGAUAUGUUCUUGAAAUUGAAGGAUUUGACAACUUCUGCGAGUUUCUUGGAGAUUGAUGCCAACGGCGAUGGAUGGAUUUCCGUCAAAGAUUUCAAGGAAAAAAUGGAACAACAAAAAUCUUACACGCCUGACGAAAUCGAGUUCCUCCUCGCCUGUUGCGAAACAAAUCACGAUGGAAAAGUCGAUUAUAUCGCAUUUACGGAUCGUUUCCAUGAACCAGCCAAGGAAAUCGGCUUCAAUCUUGCCGUUUUGCUCACAAACUUGUCCGAACACAUGCCCAACGAGCCCCGUCUUGCCAAAUUCCUCGAAACAGCUGGUUCGGUAUUGAACUAUUUCGAAUCGUUCUUGGGUCGUAUCGAGAUUAUGGGUUCGUCGAAGCGCAUCGAACGUGUCUACUUCGAAAUUAAGGAAGACAACAUCGAGCAAUGGGAAAAACCACAAAUUAAGGAGUCGAAACGGGCAUUCUUCUAUUCGAUCGUUACUGAGGGAGGUGAUAAGGAAAAAUUGGAAGCUUUUGUCAACUUCUGCGAAGAUGCGAUCUUUGAAAUGACUCACGCGACAGAAUUGAUGGCAACGGAAGACGAAAGUGGAAAUGUUAACAGAGAAUAUGCAACAAAUACGUACAUUGGCGAUGACGAUGAAGACCCGAGUGCGAAAGAUCCCGUCAAGAGAACCAUUCAAAAUGUCAAAGAAGGUCUCAAAACGGCUUUUGUCUCGUUGAGCCCGGGCAAUAUUAAACAUCAAAUCGCCGUUCUUCAAACGAAAUCUGUUCCCGAAUUGAUUAUUGGUUUCUUCAAGAUGAUCUUUUAUGCCUUUUACUACUCCGGAUAUGGCGUCUCGUUGGUAAUUAAAUUCUUCGUCAACAUUUUGAUGUCGCUCAUGCGUGGCCCAGUCGAAGAAGAAGCACCUCCGCCAACAGAUGACUUGCUUGUUCCUGCAUUGCCGUCAUUACCGAAGGAAGAACCGCCAGGUCCUGUGCAAGCGUUUGGAAUGGACAUCAGCAAAGAAGACAAUGGUCAAUAUAAACUCGCUCCGCAUCAAUCCCCGGUUGGAUCUCCAACAAGUUCUGUCGACGAAACGGGCGAAAGUAGUCAAGACGAGUCCGGAGUCGCAUUGGGAGUCGUUGGUGAUGCCCAAAUGGGUGAACAAAUGGAAAUGCCAAUGACUUUAGUGGAUCUCUUGGGAGGCGAGGCAGCAAAACGCGCACAACAAGAACGCGAAGAAGCCCAAAAGUUGCAACAAGCAACGUUGGCUGCUUUAGAUGCGGAAGCCAAGAAAGGAAAAGAUGUUUCAUCUGAACCAGCUGCUGUUAAUCAAAUCGAUUUCUCGAGUUACACGAAGAAAGCUGUCAGUUUCUUGGCUCGUAAUUUCUACAAUUUGAAAUAUGUGGCUUUGGUUCUCGCUUUUUGCAUUAAUUUCAUGCUGUUGUUCUACAAAGUACGAACAUUUGGCGAAGCAGAAGCUGAAAUUGAGGGUUCAGGUGAUAGUUUGUUCGGAUUGAUUUCGGGUUCAGGAGCUGGAUCAGGCGGCGGAGGUUUGGAUAUUGGUAGCGGAGCAGGAAGCGGAGAUGGAAUUACGACAGGAGGAGAUGAUGAUGACGAUGGUCCCCAAGAAGUUGUCGAAGUCGACGAGGACUUCUUCUACAUGGAACACGUGAUGAAAGUCGCUGCCAUCCUUCACAGUAUCGUAUCGCUCUGCAUGUUGAUCGCCUAUUACCAUCUCAAGGUGCCUCUUGCCAUCUUCAAACGUGAAAAAGAAAUCGCUCGUCGUUUAGAAUUCGACGGUCUCUUCAUCGCCGAACAACCUGAAGAUGACGACAUCAAGUCUCACUGGGACAAACUCGUUAUUUCAGCAAAAUCCUUCCCCGUGAACUACUGGGACAAAUUUGUGAAGAAAAAAGUUCGUCAAAAGUACUGCGAAACAUACGACUUUGACUCGAUCUCCAACUUGCUUGGCAUGGAAAAGAACGCAUUCGCAGCACAGGAACAAACUGAAGGCGGCGGCGGAAUAAUUAAUUUCAUCACAAACAUCGAUUGGCGCUAUCAAGUGUGGAAAGCAGGCGUAACUGUGACAGAUAAUGCUUUCCUUUACUCCUUGUGGUACUUUACGUUCUCAAUUUUGGGUAAUUUCAACAACUUUUUCUUCGCCGCCCAUUUAUUGGAUGUCGCUGUUGCGGUAGCUGCCUUGCGUACGAUCUUGCAAUCCGUAACGCAUAACGGCAAACAACUCAUGUUGACUGUGAUGCUCUUGACAAUCAUCGUGUACAUUUACACCGUAAUCGCCUUCAAUUUCUUCCGCAAGUUUUACGUGCAGGAGGAAGACGACGAAGUCGACCGGAAGUGUCAUGACAUGCUCACGUGCUUCGUGUUCCACUUGUACAAGGGUGUGCGAGCUGGCGGCGGUAUCGGCGACGAAAUCGGGGACCCAGAUGGCGACGAAUACGAAGUUUAUCGUAUCAUGUUCGAUAUUACGUUCUUCUUCUUCGUUAUCGUUAUCUUGCUUGCCAUCAUCCAAGGUUUGAUUAUUGAUGCCUUCGGUGAGUUGCGUGACCAGUUGCAAUCGGUGCAAGAUGACAUGGAGUCAAAUUGCUUCAUUUGCGGCAUCGGCAAGGAUUACUUCGAUAAAGUGCCGCAUGGCUUCGAUACGCAUGUCCAGCAGGAACACAAUCUGGCCAAUUACAUGUUCUUCCUUAUGCAUCUCAUCAAUAAGCCCGAUACGGAAUACACGGGACAGGAGACAUAUGUGUGGAACAUGUACCAGCAACGUUGUUGGGACUUCUUCCCCGUCGGUGACUGCUUCAGGAAGCAAUAUGAGGAUGAAUUGGGUGGCGGAGGCGGCAGUUAAACCGUCGCGCAUUAGUUUUAAGACAUUUUUUUCUCUUUUUUGCACACUUACCGAUACAAUUUUAUGAUAAAGACACACAAGAAUGCUCACUUAGACAUUAAAAUUACGCACAUCGACUUCAAUUUCUCUCGAAAUUCAGAAAAUUUCGCUUUUCAACCGGCAUCAACUUUGCACACAGACUCCACGAAUCCACGGAAACAAGUUGAUAACGGAAAAAAGUGAAAUUUUUCGAUAUUUUUAAUCGCGCCUCUUGUUACCUUAUGAAAAAAUCUCAUUUAAUCAGUUUUAGUGAUAAUACGUUUUUGCUUUUAGAUGUUAAAUAAUUUUUCUUGGGUUUCUCAUCUUUUGUUUGGUUUGUUAUUUAUUUA